UCUUAGAUACUUGCAGUCAGUAUUGCAGGGAUUGGUACCUUUUUUCAAGUCUGCGAAAAAAGAGUGUUUGAGUGAGUGGUGAACUGAUAGCGAAGAGCGAAGGGAGGAUGAAGCGGUUUUUCAAACCAGUGGAGAAAGAUUCAGAUGGUUGUCGGAAGAAGCCGAGAGAGAACGACCAAGAGGAACAGGAAGAAGAAGAAGAGACCAGAAAGGAGCCCUUGAAGUUCUUAACCUGGAAUGCCAACAGCUUUCUCCUUCGUGUCAAGAACAACUUGCCCGAAUUCUCCAAAUUCAUCACCGCUUUCGAUCCCGAUGUCAUUGCCAUACAGGAAGUGCGGAUGCCUGCCGCCGGAUCCAAGGGUGCACCUAAAAAUCAGGGAGAGAUAAAAGAUGAUACAAGCUCUGCCAAGGAAGAAAAGAAGAUAUUGAUGCGUGCACUUUCAAGUCCACCUUUUGGGAGCUAUCGUAUUUGGUGGUCUCUCGCAGAUUCAAAAUAUGCAGGGACAGCUCUACUUGUAAAAAAAUGCUUCAAGCCAAAAAGUGUAGUUUUCAAUCUUGAUAAAAUAGCUUCAAAGCAUGAACCCGAUGGCCGAGUAAUCUUAGCUGAAUUUGAAACACUUCGUUUAUUGAAUACGUAUGUACCAAAUAAUGGAUGGAAAGAGGAGGCAAACUCAUUUCAGAGGCGAAGAAAAUGGGACAAAAGGAUUCUGGAAUUUGUUACACAAAAUUCAGACAAGCCAUUGAUAUGGUGUGGGGAUCUGAAUGUCAGCCAUGAAGAGAUUGAUGUGAGUCAUCCAGAGUUUUUUUCUGCAGCAAAACUCAACGGUUAUGUUCCUCCAAAUGAAGAGGAUUGUGGGCAGCCUGGUUUUACCUUGGCUGAAAGAAGAAGAUUUGGUACCAUCUUAAGAGAGGGGAAGCUGGUAGAUGCAUACAGAUUUCUGCACAAGGAUAAGGAUAUGGAACGAGGUUUCUCAUGGUCUGGAAAUCCAGUUGGAAAGUAUCGUGGAAAGCGGAUGAGAAUAGACUAUUUUAUAGUUUCAGAAAAUUUUAAAGAAAAGAUUGUUGCAUGUGAAAUGCAUGGACAGGGGAUAGAGUUGCAAGGUUUUUAUGGAAGUGAUCAUUGUCCAGUUACCUUGGAGUUCUCUCCUAGUUCCAACUCUCAAAAUGAGGAGCAAGUAUAAGAAGCACUUUACUGUUCAUGUUUUAAAGACACUUGUCAUGAUUUUUGUUCUUGUUUAAUUUAUUUUGCAGUGUUUUAGAUGCUGAACUGAACGUUUCAUUAGUAACUAAAUAUUUUUAACUAUCCUUCUGUGGCAAGAACUAGCUGCAUAAUGAAUUCGCACUGAAAAUUUAA